AUGUUCAACAGCCUCGCCAGUGCUUCUCGCCCUUUUGCGGCUCGCUCAGCCACCCGCAACUUCUCCAUACCUAACCGUGGAAUGAAGAUCUUGGCUAUUUUGUAUCGCGGCGGUGAAGCCGCCAAGCAGGAACCUCGUCUUCUGGGCACCGUUGAGAAUGAGCUCGGCCUCCGCCCGUGGUUGGAGUCACAGGGCCACGAAUUUAUCGUCUCCGACAGCAAGGAGGGCCCUGACAGCGACCUCCACAAGCACAUCACGGAUGCCGAGGUCGUGAUCACAACCCCCUUCCACCCUGGGUACAUCACUCGUGACCUUCUGAAGCGGGCCAAGAACCUCAAGGCCUGCGUCACGGCCGGUGUCGGCUCUGACCACGUCGACCUGGACGCCGCGGUCGAGCACAAGAUCCAGGUGCUCGAGGUCACCGGCUCCAACGUCACCUCCGUCGCGGAGCACGCCGUCAUGAGCAUGCUCCUCCUCGUCCGCAACUUCGUCCCCGCGCACGAGAUGGUCGAGCGCGGCGACUGGCAGGUGUCCGACGUCGCCAGGAACGCGUUCGACCUCGAGGGCAAGGUCGUCGGCACGAUCGGCGCUGGCCGCAUCGGCCGCCUCAUCCUCCAGCGCCUGCGCCCGUUCGGCACGAAGGAGCACCUCUACUACGACUACGCCCCGCUUGCGCCCGAGACUGAGCAGGCGCUCAACGCCCGCCGCGUCGAGGACCUCAAGGACAUGGUGUCGCAGUGCGACAUCGUCACCAUCAACUGCCCGCUCCACGAGGGCUCGCGCAACCUCAUCAACGCCGAGCUCCUCCAGCACUUCAAGAAGGGCGCGUGGCUCGUGAACACCGCCCGCGGCGCGAUCUGCGACAAGGACGCCGUCGCCGCGGCGCUCAAGAGCGGCCAGCUGCGGGGCUACGCCGGCGACGUGUGGAACGUGCAGCCCGCGCCGCGCGACCACGUCUGGCGCACGAUGAAGAACGCGCUCGGCGGCGGCAACGGGAUGGUGCCGCACUACUCGGGCACGACGCUCGACGCGCAGGCGCGCUACGCCAAGGGCACGCGCGAGAUCCUCGAGAACUACUUCACCGGGAAGGCGCAGGCGCCCGCCAACGUCAUCGUCGGCGUCGGCAAGUACGACUCGAAGUCGUACGGCCAGCGUUAG